AUGGAAUUUGGAAAUAACCCUAAAAGUGCAUGCAGGCAACACGGAGGGCACAAAAUUUCUCUACUACUCCAUCACAUGUCCUCAGAAGAAAACUCAGCUUGCGCGUCAACUAUGUCUGCAGCUAAGAUGCCUCAGCUUGCUACAAGCGUAUCAACAACGAAUGCUGAAAUAGGAAAGUCCAUUAUAGUGGAAAAUAUAAAAGAGUAUAAGAAGAAAAAGAGGAGCAAGAAUAGAAAAGCAUGCGAGAAAAGGCAAGAUACUGGUCCCGAAGAAAGAGAGUCUUCAACACAAGAAAACCAUGCUUUUUACGAAAAACAGAAGGAACUUUCCUCUUUCUGGUUUAAACUUAUACCACAGGGAGGAAAGAAGGGACUUAGAUUGUCUCCUCUUGACAGGCCUAAUAUCCAUCUCAAGGACAAUAGCGCCACUGUAACUUUAAUCCAGAAGUUUAUUGCACAGAAGCUAAAUUUUAAUGAUCAUACUGAGGUUGAUGUUCUUUGCUACGGUGAAAAGCUGAAUGGAGAUAUGACGCUCAAGAACAUUCAACUUAGAUGGAAGUCACACCUUCCCAAUUCAGGAGAGGGAAAGGUAAAAUGGGAGUUGGAGCAGGCUAUGACUCAACUAGGACACAUCAGAAGCAAGAAACUUCAAACUCCUCCCAAAAAAUAA